GUGCGGCGGAUGCAGCUGUUGCCACGGCAACGCUCCACAACAACAGGACCAUGGUGCGCAUCACAGAGGAGCUGGUCCGGAAGCGUGCGGAGCAUAAUGAAGGGGAGAUAUUCUCUCUGGAGGAGCUGUCUCUGCACCAGCAGGACAUCCAGAAGAUCCAGCACCUGGAGCAGUGGUGCCGAGAGCUGCGCAUCCUCUACCUGCAGAACAACCUCAUCUCCACCAUCGAGAACGUGGGGAAGCUGAAGAAGCUGGAGUAUCUGAACUUGGCUCUCAACAACAUCGAGCUCAUAGAGAAUCUGGAGGGCUGUGAGUCUCUGCAGAAGUUGGACCUCACCGUGAACUUCGUGGGGCGUCUGAGCAGCGUCCAGUCACUGAGACACAACGUCCACCUGAGGCAGCUCUUCCUGCUGGGGAACCCCUGCGCAGACUUCCACUUCUACAGGGAGUACGUGGUGAACGCUCUGCCCCAGCUGCAGUCUUUGGACGGUAAGGAGAUCAGCCGCUCGGAGCGACUCAGAGCUGCUCAGGGACUGGACCGGAUCAGAGCCGUCGUGCACCAACAGGAAGAAGAGUACGUGAAGAAGAGGGAGAAAGAGAAGGAGGAGGAGGCCAGGAAGGAGCUAGGAGAGAAGGAGAGGAGCACGACAGGGUUGGAGGAGGCAAAAACGGAACCACAGGACAAGGAGAGGAGACCUGGCUUCGAUGGACGCUGGUACACGGACAUCAGCAGCGCACAGUGACAGCAGCAGCAGCAGCAGCAGCAGCAGCAGCAGCAGCAGCAGCAGCAGCAGACGCGCUCAGAGGAGGAGCAGGCCGAGCUGGACUUCUGGCAGACUCCGUGCUCCUUCAGUCCUGAGUCCAGACUGGCCACUCACAGACACCUGGAGGAGAAACGCAGGGGCCAGGACAAAGAUGCUCAGAAGAAGCCCCGUCCUCCUCGCACCCUGAUCACUGCAGACGGACAAGUGCUCAACGCCAACGAGCCCAAGCUGGACUAUUGUCUGACUGAAGAUGAGGAGAACAACACCAUUGUCCUGGACCUGGCUGUUUACAGACAUUUGGACACGUCUCUGAUUGACGUGGACAUACAGCCCAGCUACGCCCGGGUCCUGAUCAAAGGGAAGGUGUUCCAGAUCGUUCUCCCCGCUGAAGUAAAACCUGACGCCUCCACAGCCCAGAGGUCCCAGAGCACAGGGCACCUCGUCCUCACCAUGCCCCGGGCUGAAGGGGAAAUCCGAGUGACGAAGAAGAAGCCUCCUGUCCCCAAACAGCGCACGAACCACAGCAGCAGGUCUGGUUCAGCCCAUGAGUUGUUGGAGGUAGAUUCCAGCGCACUGGUGGAUUUCACAAACAUCGUCCAGCGUCCUCACAGCGGAGAAGGUCCUCUAGACACCAGGGAGACGACUGUCCAAUCAGAGCCCAGUGUGUCCCCUGGGUUUGUGGACGACCCAGAUGUUCCGCCUCUCAUGUAGACAAAAGUAACAAACAUGGGCUCAUUUUUUUUCUAUUUGGGGUAAUGUAAAAUAUUCUGGACAAUUGCACAUAAAUAUAAUAACAGAAGUUGUAUUUGUACUGCAGAAACAAGGUAACAGACCUGUUUUUAGUAUUUUUAGUAUACAGAGAUACUACAGGACACAUGCUGUAUAGACAGUUCAUUACAUUCCUGUAGUUCAGUAUGGCUACGGCUUUAUCUUUCACAUAAAUGUUGAGGUUUUGGUUCUUAAAAUACUGUAGUAGAGAUGUGAACUUGUAAGUCGUGACUUGGACUCGAGUCAGACUUGAGUCACUAUUUUUAGGACUUGAGACUUGACUUGAUAAAAUGGACUAA